CUAUCGUUUAUUUUUAACAGCGGUCCAAAGCGCGCACUCGUCAGCGGAGGAGAAGAGAGGACAGAAGGCGCCAGAAAGACAAAUAAAGCCCAAUUAGCCGGUAAUUCUGAAAGCCUGCACACAAAAUACAGCCAGGAUGUCAGAGGAAAAGCCAAAGGAGGGAGUAAAGACUGAGAACGAUCACAUCAACCUCAAGGUUGCCGGGCAAGAUGGGUCGGUGGUCCAGUUCAAAAUCAAAAGACACACACCUCUCAGCAAACUAAUGAAGGCGUACUGUGAACGGCAGGGUCUCGCAAUAAGGCAGAUCAGGUUCAGGUUUGAUGGCCAGCCUAUCAAUGAGACGGAUACACCUGCACAGCUGGAGAUGGAAGAUGAAGACACCAUAGAUGUAUUCCAGCAGCAGACGGGUGGGCACUGCUAAGCCCCCCCACCUCAUUGAUGGCCACUCUCAGACCACGCCCCUCAGCCACUGUCACUGUCCCUCCCCUCCCCAGUGCUCCUCUCAGCCUAUUAUUAUUAUCGUUAUUAUUUCUUAAGUUUAAAUAUGUCUGUCAUGGUUUUUCGUCAGGGGUGUGUGUGUGUGUGUGGGGGGGGCUCCUCAUCUGUUUAUGUACUGUGUCGGCCAGGACUGAACUUUUGUGCGUGUCAACAGUCUCUCUGCUGGCCAAUCAGGACAACCUUUCCUUCUGGCACUGCAGGCUUGUGAUUGGACCAACAGCACAUCACUGCUGUUCCUGGUUUUGUCAGUGCUUCUCAUUCACUCUCCAGUGAAAGCUUAGUAUUCAGUAGUUUGCCACGUUUGUCAUCCAUUGGGGGAUCGAAUGUGAGGCUCUGCAAGUUUUUGUCCGGGGGUCACAGUCAGUAGGCAUGAAAAUGUUUUGAAGUGGAAGCACUAUCUGAACUUAAUACACACCCGCCUUCCAUUUCACUUCGCUUUCUUGUGUUUUUUGCCUAAAUGGUGACUCCUGCUCUUCUGUCAAAAUGGUAUUUUAAUCUGCAUUUUAGGUGCUUUUGCUGAAGAGCUCUGCAAUGUUUUUGUAUGUUUUCCUGUUUUAUUUUAUUUUUUUCUUUUAAGAAAUAACACCCGGGGGGGCUUGUUGAUGAUUUUUUUUUCUGUACAGAAGUAUCAGAGUGGAUGUUAAGAUAAAUGUUGUGCGGCUUGGACCAAUACUCCAAAGACCAAACUUCGGUUUCAUAUUUAAUGUACUUGGAUCACUCUCAAAGCAAAACAGCAAGGUCAAAACUGUUACAUUUUAAGGGAGUUUGUAUUUCAUUAAUGUUAUUAGCUUAUUUGACUUAUACUAAUUGAGAGAGGUUCUCUAUGGGUAUCUGUGGUACAUAACUUUUUCUUUCCCUAUUUUCUGAUGAAGUGGGCCAGUGGCUAGUCCCUAUGGUAUUCUUACAAACAGCUCUGCUUGUGGGUUUUACAUUUGUGGGUGAGUGGGAGGGAGGGGGAAGGAAGGUCGUUCCACAGUAUUGUUCGGAGGUCAGGUGUCUUAUCUUUGUAUAGGCUGGCUGAUUGUAGAUGAAGAGGAGCAGCUUUCAGUUUGCGCAAGGAUAUCCAACAAAAGUCAGUAUCUCUUUGUUAACACAUUUUGAAGACUCUUCACUGUUGAGCUGUUUCUUUUGUGUGUAAAAGGCAGCAGUUGCAGGCAAUUUGUUUAAAAAAACAAAACCUGACUGCGGGGUUGCAAGCAGUGAAGAUAUCCCAAUGUGGUGAGGGGUGUCUCCAAUAUUUUACAGUUUCUGAGAAGGAUGCAUGCAGUUUGUUGCAUAUCAGGAGGGAGGCCAACCAAUGGAGUGUUCUGUACCCACAGGUACAGGGCCCCGUUCUUCGUACACGGAUGACAGAGUUGGGUUGAUGAAAAUAUAUCUGCUGUUGAAGCAAAGUCCUUAUGCUCAAAACCUGAUAAAGCGCAAGCUUAUUCAGAGUAAGCUAGAUCAUAACAGCCCUUUUUAUGUUUACCUAUUUUUAAUAAUUUUCGGACAGGGCGGCGACUUCUUUUUUUUUUUUUUUUUUUUUUUUUGGGAGGCACCAAUCAGUGGGUAUUGUCAUAACCGAACAGGGUUUGAGUUGAGUAGUAAAAAGUACAAAAUGAAUCAAUUAUGUUUGUUGCGGUAUGAAGCACUGUUACUUAAACAUUAGCAAUAGAUAUUAAACUCUUGUUUUAAGAGGUAUCAUAAACGAUGCAAUAUGGGCUACAGUUGUAAUUGGCCUCAAGAAUGUGUCUCCCAUAUGCUCCCAUAGCCUUAAAUGUAGUUCUUAGCCACAGAGGAGGCUGCUGUCAUUUUUAAAUGGCAAUUAAAUUGUAGUCUACAUGUUUUUCAGCUGUAUUUUUGUAUCAUUCAUAAAAUAAAAACAGUCAAAUACAAUACUUUAACAUUUAUGAUUGAAUAUAUGAAGGACAUUUUCAAAAGGCUUUACUACUUUGCUGCCACCUGCUGCGUGAAAUAUUCACUAAUUUCCACUCUGGCCCCAGUGAAUAUAAAAUGAUGUCUGAAGACUGCCCAAUUCUCAUCCUUCCCACAGUCAUUAACAACAAGCAUUCGAGGAAGUUGUGUGGCACAGAUGCUAAAUCAGUGUGGGGUUACUCUUGGAAGACAUGCCUCUGCACAAGCCAAUCACAAGUAGCAACUGUUUCAACUUCCCUGUCUUAAAAAAAUAAGAGCACAGUUAUCAAGACCAACAAACCAGCUUCCCACUUGCAUUUAAAGAACUGCGUUAGCUGAACAAAGAUCUCUGGCUAACAUACAAGUUGAAUAAUGUUAUGUACGAAGAACAGGGCCCCGGUUUUGUCAUGUUAUUUGUUUCUCUACUGAUUUGUACAUUAUUUGUGGUCUUUUACUACUGUAUACAAUAAAUAUAGUUUGGUACUCAGA